GAAGCCAACUACGCCGUUGUUCUGCGAGUUAAACAACAAUAAAAGAAAGACAGAGUUCCCGCGUUUUUCUUUGAAUAGCCGCAAGGAGGAAGUCCUUGCGGCCAUGUUGGGUGAGUCCGCCUCUCCAGGCCACUUUACUUGCAGGUGUGUUACCUGCCUCUCACUUCCGGGAACUGGGCUCGCUCCGUCCGCCGGCGCCAACGGGAAGAACCGGGCGACUGUGGGGAGGUCGUGAUAUAGUCGGUGAGCCGCAGUGUGAGCGUCGGCGUGCCCGCUGCCGCAUGCAGACACGGACAGGGGAGGAAGUGCUUCCCGACAGUAAAAGGGGUGCGUCUCGUUUCCAGUCCACUUGGCGAGGCUCCCCGCUGGAGCUCCACGCAUUGACGCAUUGUGGAGCCGACAGGGUGGGGGGGAGAGGCGCAGGACGAGGAGGAGGAGGAGGACGACGAGGAGGAGGAGGAGGGGGCGCGCACUGCAACCCCUCCUUCCCGAACACAACCGAGGAGGCAUCCACCGGCGGAACCGCGAUGGACGUGGUGCAGCUCGACACCGACGACCAUCAACCGGAGAACGGCUUCGUGUCCCCCGAUAGCACGUCGCCGCCGGUGCCCCUGACGCGCGUCGACGGCUCGGUUCUGCCCUUCCUCGGCGGCUUCGGGAAGUACCAGAAACAGCUGAUUGUGCUGACAUGGAUCCCGGCGCUCUUCAUCGGAUUCAGUCAGAACUCGGACAAUUUCCUGCUCGCUCAGCCCAACAACACAUGCAUCCUGCCCCUCGCCAACACCACCGCCGCGGCUACUACUACAGCCGCCGCGAGCACCAGCACACCGGGCAGCAACGGGACGUGGGCCCGCUCCUGGGCGUCAGGGGUGGCCCAGAAUGCGAGCGAGAGGGCGACCGGCAGCCACAACGACACGGGUGACAAACAGUGCAUGUGCCACGCGUGGACCUUUGAGCUGCACACGGGGCUCGUACAGAAUGUGGUCACCAAGUGGAGUCUGGUGUGUGAGUCCGCAUGGAAAGUCCACAUUGCAAAGUUCUCCCUCCUUGUGGGAUCCAUCUUCGGAUACCUAGUGUUUGGGGUCCUGGCAGACUGGUUUGGCCGCCACCCAGUGCUGAUCAUAUCCGUGCUGUUCAUGUUGGUGUUUGGCCUAACUGUGGCCUUCUCCGUCAACGUACCCAUGUUCAGCACCCUGAGGUUCUUUGAAGGCUUUUGCUUGGCGGGCAUCACGCUGUCGCUCUUCGUCCUGAGGAUCGAGCUGUGCCUGCCGGGUUGGCGCUUCUCCAUGACCAUGGUGGCCAGUUUCGUGAUGCUGGGCGGGCAGCUGCUGAUGCCAGGUGUGGCUUACCUGUGUCGGGAUUGGCAGGUGCUCCAGGCCGUCAUCAUCUGUCCACUGCUGCUCAUGCUGUCCUACAUCUGGAUAUUCCCUGAGUCACUGCGUUGGCUGCUGGCCACUCAGCAGUACUGCCGCUCCAAGUGGAUCAUGGGACACAUUGCCAAGAAAAACUGCGUGAACAUGGAGCAUGACACCGACAACAUCCUGCCAGAACUGCAGCGAGCUCUUCAACGCAAACCCAAAAAGACGUGUAUUGUUAAAAUGGCCAGGACCAGGAACUUGUGGAAGAAUAUUGUCGUGCUCUGCGUCAACUCGCUAACAGGCUAUGGGAUCCACCACUGCUUUGCUCGCAGCAUGAUGGACCCAGAGGCCCAGGAAACCACCAUGUUCCAUAACUUCUAUGCAGACUACUACACCAUGGCGGGCAUCGCUGUGGCCUCCUGCCUGGCGCUGUGCCCGGCGGUGGGGCUAAUGGGCCGGCGAGGUGGCCUCCUCAUGUUUAUGAUCAUCACCGCCUUGGCGUCCUUGCUCCAGCUGGGCCUGCUCAACUUGCUGGGAAAGUACAGCACCCAUCUCAAUAUAGAUAGCUCAGGCACCCUGAAUAAGAACUUCUCCAUCGCCUUCUCCAUCAUCGGGAUGUUCUCCUCCCAUGCUGUCAGCAACCUGAGCAUCUUCUUCUGCGCUGAGAUCACUCCCACCGUCAUCAGGGGCGGAGGUUUAGGUCUGGUCCUGGCGAGCGCCGGCUUCGGCAUGCUGACCGCGCCCAUCAUGGAGCUGCACAACCAGAAGGGCUACUUCCUGCACCACAUUAUCUUCGCCUGCUGCACGCUUAUCUGCAUCAUCUGCAUUCUCCUGCUUCCUGAGACGCGCUACCACCCCCUGCCCGAGACGCUGGCUGACGACAGCUAUACCCGCCAGUCCCUGCUGCCCCCGCGGGGGCCCGGCGAGCAGCGGCUGCUGCUGACGCCCUCUGACGGCGCCAGGGACUACACACGGGUGCACGACACGCCGCUGCACCAGGCGGCCGCCACCGCCGUCUCCACCAUGGACUCCACCGCCUCGUCGGCCGCGGAUCUGACCGCCAAGCCUGACCCGUUGGGGGCGGACUCCCCCGCGCCGCUCACGAAGGACGAGGUGGUCCACGCUAGUAAAGACCACCUGCUGUCUUCCACGCCCACACGCUUCACAGACCCGCUUUUACACAAACCCACAGAAAUCGCCCUGGCUUCAGUGGAGCCGCUCUCAGACUCUCUCAUUCCCCUAACGGACGCCACACAGGAAGCUCCCCCCGAAAUGUCAUCGCCGGACCCCGCCUCUUUAUCAGAAGACCAAAUGUCCUCGACAUCUGACCCACCUUUGCUAGAGGACACUUCAGAAGACCCCCCAUCACCUGCGCCCCCCCCUCCUGUUCCCGUGACAGACGAGGACGCCGCCCCCGAGCCCCCGCCGUCCCCCUGCCAAGACAUCCUGUUAGAAAUAGUCGAUGACUCUGACCUUUCACCCCCUCCCUCCCCCCUGCAGCCCACAACUCUCCCCAUCACAGACCUGGCGCUUAGCCCCACCGCAGAAACGUUGACUCUGGAGCCCUUGGGGGUCUCAAAGGACUCCCUCCACUCGUUAGACUCUUCCUGCCCCACGCAGGACCCCCCCCUGUCCCUAGUGGAGUGUACCGUGUCUUCCCCCAUAGACUCCGGCAUCCUGGCAAUCAGGGACGGCGCUAGCACAGAAAACAUGGCCCUCAACGGAGUGACGUCGUCAUGAUGACCACGUCUCUUUUGCCGCACUUAGGAGGACAGGCCCCGCCCCCCUCGCCACCCUUCCCGCACAAGAGGCUGCUUUGUGACAAACUUCUUUUUUGUUCUCCUUUUGAAUGUGGGUUGAAAUCACCAGCCUUUGAAGCGCAGAGAACAGACGACAAGAAGCGCCAUGGGGGAAAAAACAAGUCGAUUCAGACGUAAACAAUCAACAAUUGUAAGGAUUUUUUUAUUUUUUUUUGAAAGACGCAGCACAAGAAAGUACUCCCGAAAAAAACCAAAAUGUUCCAAAAAAUAGUGCCAAAAAUGAGUAUUGUUGCAUGUUUGGGGACUUGCUUUGUUUUCAGCCAUCGACUGAAUGUGGACGAUCAGUUUGUACGUCAGAAUGUACGCAACUAAAAUGUCUUUUUACUCAUUGACUUUCUUCAUAUUGUCAGCAAGUGCGUAAUUAUUUGCAGGCUCGAUUCAUUUAUAAGUAUGAUUUUUUUUUGUCUUUUUUUUUUGGCCUGCCCCGAUAAAGUCAUGUACAAAGCUUCAGUAUUUGUCACGCCGCAGACGAAACAAAAAAUUAUCAUCGAUUUCAACGCCUUUUUCUUUUCAACAUCAACGCACAUUUGUUCACAACAAUUUUCACGGUGCGUUAUUGCAAUACUCCAAACAAACAGUUUGCAACAAGCAGAAGAUACAAUCUGGUGGUGCGUUCAAGGCACCAACAACAACAUGCAGGUACUUUUCUCCACAAACAUGUUCUUCCUUCAUGACCAACAGAUUGUCCUUUUCUUCCUGCCAAUGAUGGCUUGCGGGUUGGAUCAAACAAAGUUUGAGGAUAUUUCCACAGAUGGUCGGGUUAGGAAAUGUUCAUUAUGCUGCUGAACGCAUCAAAGCACAAAUUCCCUGCAAGCAUGUGACGUCAGUCGGAGAAGCGAGUAGUAACGCAGUACUGAAGAGAGCCAAAACAAGUCAAACUCUGAGAAUAAGUUUAUUAUUUGAUGACAUGAAUUGUCGGAAAUACAUCAAUAACAUUUUAAUAGUAGGAUUAUUACAAUUAAAAAGUUGUAUACUCAAAUAUAAAAAAUAAAUGAAACUAACUAGAAACAAGGUGUAGACUUUAUGGCAAAUUUUAAAAUAUAAUAAAUACAUUUUCAAAUUGAACAUGCAUUAAAAUGUGUGGGGAUUUUCAAUUUUGUCAUUAAAAUUACAGCUUAUUUCCCCACAAUAAUUCAUAUAUUUUUUCCUAAUUCAUAUAUAUCUUGCGGUAUUACGAUUUAAUUCUCUGACUUAUUCUAGUUACAUUACGUUUCAUUCUCUUUUUUUGUGGAACAAAAAAACACCUAAAUCUCCUAUGAUUGCAUUUUUUUGUAAUAUGAUUUCAGUUCCUCAAUAUGUAUUUUUUCCUUAAAAAAAAAAGUAAAUUCUAUUUUUUUUAAACAAUUUUUAUUCAUUUGCUGCUGUGAUAUUACGAUUUCAUUCUUGUCACAUUGAGCUGUAAUCCUGUGUUUUCUACGACUUUUCCCCCCGUCAACUAUACUUCUUUCUGAAAAGAAAAUGUCUUUAACUUUGUAAGAUUACAUCGUUUUUCUUCAAAUAUUACAACUUCUUCACAUUCUGACUUUUUCCUUGUCAAUACUAUCAUGAGAUUAGAACUAAUAAUUCUGUAAAAUUAGGACAAAAGUACGUACAACAAAUACUUUCUCCUCUCUUUUUACAUUUUAUUCACAAAAUGCUCCUUACUUUUUUUUCCUUAACAUGUCAACAAUUUUUUUUUUUAAGUCUUAGCUCUCAUAAAAUUUAAAUUUUACGACUCCCUUCAAAAAUUUGACUUCAUUCUCAGGACGUCACAGCUCGCCCCGACAAAUAUUAAUAAUCUACAAUGUAAUGUCAUGAAAAUAAAGAAAACACAUUGAAUGAGAAGGUGUGUCCAAACCUUUGGCCUGUACUGUAUGCAUGAUGACAUAACUUUAGUUUUUCCCCUGGACUUGUUCAGGAUGUACCCUGCCGUCCGCCCGAGUGCAGCUGGGAUAGAUUUUCUGUUUGGACAAAAUUUAGACUUUCAAGUCUAAAAGUUGAAAAAAAAAUAGUAAUAAUAAAGUAUUUAACGUUAAUAUAUAUAUUCUUUUCAUAAAAUUUCUACUUUUUCACUGCAAAAAAAACAACCUAAUACCGCAAGAGUACCCAUGGUUUUCCUCCUAAUAUACAGAAUUUUUCUUUAAUCCCCUUUGGAUGAUUGUUGUCCUUUUCAGCGUGACUUUAUUACUCUUUGGUACACUAAGUGACCCUAAUAGAUGAGUACAAAAAUAUGGAAGAAGGAGAACACUUAAGGUGGACUUUGUCCCAGUAGAUGUUCAGUCUUUGACAUCUGCUGCAGAGUUUGGCUCCAACAUGGCGUCUGUUUGCUUUGGGCUUCCUCUGAUUGUUUGGAGUCAAAGUCUGGCAAGCAGUGAAGCGCAACAACAACAACAACGCUUCCGACUACCUUCCUAAAUGUCAUGCAGCUUUAGUGCGGUGCUGACUGAGGCCAUUGCAUCGUGAAGACAAAGUUCAUCAACCGUGAAUAUUUGAUCACCAGCAGAAACACUGACUGGAUUGUGUGUGUGUGUGUGUGUGUGUGUGUGCACUGCAGAUGGACUGUGUUGACUGUUUGUACAAUGAGUCAUUAAGGAAGUUUCAGCUAAUAUAAGUGAAUAGGUGAAAGGUCACAAAAUCCAAUGUGUUCCGGUUUUUGCUUCCUUCCCCUCUGGAAGCGAGAUCUGAAAGAAUGUAACAAAAGACCCAAAGUUUGAAACUUUGGAUUGUAUAAUUUCUGAUUUGUGAACGUUCCCUUUGAAGCGACGUGAAUGAUGCACGUGUACAUAAGCCAUACCUGUUGUUAAAAUAAACCAUUAUUUAUUGAUCAA